AUGCAGGCGGACGGCGUGGCUCCAGAUAUCGUCUCGUACAACACGCUGCUCACCGCGCUCAAGAACGGCCAGCAGUUCCGCCACGCACUCUCGCUCUUCUCGCGCCUGCGCGCCGGCAGCUUCCCCGGCGCGCGCCCCGACCAGAUCUCCCACAACAUCGCGCUCUGCUGCCACGCGCGCCUGGGGGAGUUUGACGCGGUGCUGGGGAUGUUUGAGCGGAUGAAGAGCGGUGCGAGGAGCGGCGCGGCGUGGCGGCCAAAUCUGGUGACGUAUAACGUGGUGUUGCAUGCACUGGCGGCGAGUGGGAGGUACAGAGAUGCGCAGGCGCUGUUUGAUAGUAUGCUGGCGGAGAGUGGGGCGGGGGGAAGCGGGGCGGUGGGGGAAAGCGGGGCGGCGGGGGGAGGCGGAGCGGGGGGGGAGGGUGGCGCCGGGGGGGGGAAGAAAGGAGGCGCAGGGGGAAGGGGACGCGCAGGGGGGGCGGGAGGGGGAGGCGCGGCGACGGGAAUCCGGCCGAACCGCGUAACAUACAACACGCUCCUGGACGCAUACGCAGCGUGGGGCAUGCACAUGGAAGCGCGCGCUGUCUUCGACUCCAUGCGCAAAGCAGGCAUAGAGCCCGACGUGGUCUCGUACUCGUCCCUCAUCAAUGCGUACAGCAAGGCGGGGCGCCCGGAUGACGGCGCAGCGGUGCUCGCGCUGAUGAGAAGGCGGUUCUGCUCGCCCAAUGUGGUCACGUUUAAUGCAUUGAUUGACGCAUUUGGGAGGGUGGGGAGGUUGGAUGAGGCGCUCGCGGUGAAGGCUGAGAUGGAGGCUGCGGGGCUGGGCGUGGCGGGGAGAGUGGGUGGGGGAGUGGGUGUGGGGGUGGGGACGGGGGCAGGAACGGGGAACGGGGGAUCAGGUGUGGGGAGGUUGGAUGAGGCUCUGGCGGUUAAGGCUGAGAUGGAGGCUGUGGGGCUGGGCGUGGCGGGGAGAGUGGGCGGGGGAGUGGGGAUUGGGAACGGGGGUGCAGGAAUGGGGAAUGGGGGAGUUGGCGUGGGCGGGGGGGUGAAGGGAGGGGUGAAUGGGGGAGUGAAUGGAGGGGCUGGGAUGGCGUGCGGCCGCGCCAACCGCCCGGAACAGGCCGCACUCCUAGCAGCUGAAGCCGAAGCAGCAGGGGUGCAGCUCAACACGACGACGUACAACGCGCUUCUGUGGGUGGCAGCGCGAGCGGGGGACGGCGCGCAGGUGGCGCGGGUUGCGGAGCGGAUGGUGGAGAAAGGGGUGGAGUGGGACGAGAUUACUUUCAAUGUGUUGGUGGACUAUGCGGGCAAGGAGGGGCGGGUGGCGGACGCGGAGGGGCUGUUUGAGGAGAUGCAGAGAAGGGGCAUGAGCGCCACGGUGGAGGCUGCUUCGUCGCUCAUGGAUGCUUAUGCCAAGGCGGGCAUGCUAGCAGAGGCGUACGCGCUAUUGGAGCGCAUGGCAGCGCUGGGAUGUACGCCCAACGUGGUCACCUUCACAUGCCUCAUCGAGGCUGCUGGCAGGGCAGGAGCGCCGGACGACGCAGAAGCAAUGUUUGAGCGCAUGAGAGCAGCAGGGGUGGCCCCAGACGCAGUGGCAGUGGCGGCGCUGCUGCGCGCACUCAACCUGUGCGAGCGGCACGCGCGGUGCUUGCAGGUUGCUCGCAUGGUCAUGGCUGAGGCACAGGAAACGCAGCAGCAGCAGCAGCAGGGGGAGGAGGAGGAGGAGGAGGUGGGGGGAGAGGCGGAAGGGCGAGGGGGAGUGGCACUGUUGGGCAUGGACGUGUUUACUGAAGUGGUGUAUAACGAGAUGCUCGUUGCAUGUAACAGGUAA